CUCAAAGAGCGCCGAAGAAGAGAGUUGCCGCAGUAACGUCUAACAACAAACUUGGUGGUCUUGUGCAAAGGUUUCUUUUUGCUAGCUCUGGAGACAAAUGACACUCAUAUUUUAAAUAUCGGCGUAAAGGAGAAACUGCAAUUAAAGGUUACAGCAUUAUGGCGAGUCAGCGGCCUCCCUCCAGUAUGGGUCGGCCUAUGAGCCGAGCUGGAUCAGCCGUAGGGAGACCUUUAACAGCUGUUCGACCUCCUCCUACAGCCAUACGUAUACCAACUGGGAUGCAGAUUCCAGGUACUAGUCUUCAUCCUGGUGUGAGGACUCUGAUAAGCACUCCUGGAGUCCUGUCCGCACAGAUUAAAGUGGCUGAUAGGCCUGUGACCCAACAGGGCCUCAGCGGCAUGAAGACUGGGUUGAAGGGACCCCAGAGACAAAUCCUGGACAAGUCUUAUUACUUGGGUCUUCUCAGGAGUAAGAUCAACGAGUUGACCACAGAGAUCGGCAAACUCCACAAAGAAAUCGACACCUUCAACCAGGAGAACUCCGUCUAUCUGUCUUAUGAAAAAAGAGCUGAAAGUCUGGCUGCAGAAAUCAGAGAUCUGCAGGGCCAGCUUGCUGACUACAACAUGUUGAUGGACAAACUCAACACCAACUCAGACAUGGACGAAAUGAUCAGUGACUACAACAGUCUGAAAGCCCAAAACGACAGAGAGGCGGAAAGCAUCGACAGCAUCUUUAUAGAGAGACGAGAAAGGGAGGACGCUAUCAGGGCUAUUGAAGAAGAAAUCAAGAAAGAAAGGCGUGUUGCCGAAGAAAUUGUCCAAGCCAUGCCAGCUCCAAAGCAGGAGAAAUAUUUCACCAUGACGACAGCCAAUGAGGAGUUGCUACAGGAACUGACUCUUCUCCAAGAGGAACUGGAUGCCCUGUUGACCCGGAAGGAGGAAUACGAAGCAGAGCUGGCCCAUUCACAGAUAAAACAGGAAGUGGUCCGGCUACACGAAACUUUGUCAACAUUGGAGGCAAAGCGGGACAACAUGGAGGCGGAGCACAAGAGCUUCAGCACGCCUCAAGAGGAGAGAGAGAAACUAUUGAAACAGGUGAAAGAGGACAAUCAGGAAAUCGCCAGCAUGGACAGACAGCUGGUGGAGAUUCGAGACAGGACCGGUCAAAUUACAGAAGACAUCCGACAACACGAGCAGGACUCGGAGGAAGCUCAAGGGGAAUGUCAGCAGAAGUACAAGGAGCUGAAGAGGAAAGAAGAAGAAAUUGAUGGAUUCCUGCAGACUUUUGAGGAUUUAAGGACUCAGGACCAGAACAAGAUGACUCAGACCCAGGAGAACAUCGUCUCCCUCUUGGAGCACUGCAGCAGGAAUAUGUUGCGGCUUCGUCGAGUGGAUACAAUUACAGCCAGCGAGCUUAGAGACAUGCAGGACGUGUUGGUCUCCAAGGAGACGGAGGUGUCGCAGUCAGCCAGCACCGCCAAGGGACUGACCUCUGAGUGUCAACGGCUGCAGCAGGACCGGGAGAAAUUCCAGCAGCUGGAGGGCAAAAUCACGGGCGAGCUGAACACUCUGAAGGAAAAUGUCAAACAGAUGGAGUCUGAGCUGCUUACCUACAGGGACCUGGAAACCUUGAAACACACAGCGGACCAGAGGAAGACGAGACUCCAGGAAGAGCGAGUUUCCCUCACACAACGGCGAGAUUCAUUCCAUCAACUUUUGGAGGAGAUGAGCGAGAAAUAUGAAGUGCUAAAGGCCAAACUGGAAGAAAAUGAGACCCAUGCACAGUUGGCUAACCUGGAGAGGAAAUGGCAACAUUUGGAGCAGAACAACUUUGUCAUGAAAGAAUUCAUCGCGUCGAAAUCUCAGGAGAGCGACUUUGCUUCUGUUUCCAAGAACGUCUACGAACGAGUGGCUGAUUACAACAAGAGCCUCAUAGACUCGCUGCAGAACAUCAGGAACUGAAUACACGCAUUCUUUACAUGCCGUUACUGUUGUAGAGUGGCCAAUUUGGUCGAGUGGUUAUUAUUAUUAUUUAAAUAAACAUU